GACGGACGCGGCCAACUCCCUGGGUUUCUAUAAACAGCCCAGCUGGCUGCCGUUGCCAAGGCCGCGGUCCACACAGAGGCGGGCGAGUCGAUCAUUGGGAGAAGGAAGUGCUGGCAGCAGGGACUGCAGACCCGGGCACCCCAGUCAGCUUCAGCCGAGUAACAGAGGAAGAGGAGGCUACACAGAUAGGUCACACUUUUGAGGAAGACCAAGCAACAUGACAAUGACAAAGACAGACAAGAAGGGGGCCUUCACCGUGAACGUCGAAGAACGCUACUGGUUGAGUGAACACAGUGAAUCGCGGCUCCGUCAGCUUGGUGCCACAUGCGUAGAGGAGGUGACCACCAUGGUCGACUACUACGACGAUGAGACCUUUCAGCUGGCCUCUCAGCAGAUCUGGCUAAGUCGGCACAAUGGGCAGUGGCGCUUGAUCCUGGGCAGUGGGCCGAGCCCCAACGUGGGCAGCAAAACCGUGCCCACUGGUCCUGCUGCCAGUUGUGAAGAACACAAAAGCAUUGAAACUUCACCCAAUGCAUCUGCAGUGCCACAUGAGAAGCACCAGGACCCAAAGCUCUUGGACACACUUUACUGUGAGCUGACCGGGCACCAGGAGAUCAUUGAGCAGCUGGCACACCAUCUCCACAUCGCUCUGACAACACAGGAGGCCAUGGUGAUGGCGCCUGAAGGUUUCCUUCAGAUGGCAGGAAUCCAGCACUACGGAAGCCACCAGAGCCACCGGAGGGCCACCUACAAACUGCAAGACUGCUGUACCGUGGUCAUACAGGACGAGGAGUCCAGCGACAGGCGCGCAGCGGUGGUCACCAUGGAGGCGGACGUGCUAAACAUAGUCAGCGAGCUGGAGAGGCUGGAGGAGAUCGCCACCCAACUGGAACUGCUGCCCAUUGGAGGAGAGGAGCUGAUGCCAGAGCUAGAGAUACAACUGAAAAAGUAACGGGCACAAGCCACCAUUAUAAAUAGUCCACUCGGGAGGACCUCUUUGUUUUGUUCUUGGAACCUGUCACAGGUGUGGGGACCCCAACUGACCAAGUAACCAGUCCAACAUGAGCCUUGGCACAGACAGCACACAUUUUAAGGUGGGACAUCUGCAAGCAUCCCAAUGAGGGAAUAAAGGGGUUUCCUUCCAUGUCCAGUGGAUUCAGAGCCAAUUCAAUAUGCACCUCUCACCCCACUCUUGUGGGCUUUCAGUGCCAUAUUUCUACUAAGAUGUGAUUUUGGGUGGGCACCGAUUUCAACUGCUAUAGUAUGGAAACCCACAUUACAGUCCUUAGAUGAGACCGCUGGACAGAGUGGCUAACUAAUAUUAUAUGCAGUCCAGUCCAUGGUGGAUGGCACUGACCUCCCAGAGACAGAAAGCAUCUGCCCACUGCUGGGUAUCCCUUAACUUGUAAGGAUGACUCAGGGCACACACGCCUCCAUUACAUUCUCCACUUCUUUCACGGCCAUGUUUCCUUCAAGCAGGUGCAGAUGAGGUGGUCUCCAUAGUCCACCUUUCUUGAUUUCCUUCAGUCCAGUGCUUCCUUCUGUUAAGCCAAAGAGAACACAAACUGUUGAUGGGACACUGUGUUCGGCUGCAUAGGUGACAACAGAGACCCAGCAAGAACAUGAAAAGAUCAUGCAGAUACAGAAGCUGGCCUUUGGUGGCGGUGGACUUAAAGGUCAAAGUUUCACACAUUGGCCCCUUCAGGUCUGAACAGAGCAGCAUGUUAUGCCUUUUUAUGGGGAAAACAGCAUCCCUACAUAAUACCUUGUGGACACAAAGGGGGGUGCUCUUGGGCAGAUAGCCCACUCAGGACAAAUCACUGAUGUAUGGCUGACUGUUAUUAAAGGAUCAUUUUCCAUCCAUCCAUCCUCUUCCGCUUAUC